AUGGAUUACGGUUUCUAAGAAAUUGAAGCAUUGAAAGAACUUGUUGGAGCAAAUGAGGAUGAUGAACCUACUCAUGUUUAUGGUUCAGCCAUAAAUCCAGGGACAUUAGGCAAAGGGGGUAAAGAUAAAAAGGAAAUUGCGAAGCCAAAUACUAAAGUUGAAGUAAAAACUUUUAAUAGAGAUGCUAGAGGAGGUGCUACUGAAGAAUCUUUAAAAAAGUAAUAAGAGGAAAAGAAGAAAUAAGAUAAGUCAAAUGAUAUUUGGACUGAAGAAGAAGUAAAUAUUUAAGCUGAAGAAUUGCCAGAUGAUCGACCAUAACCCUAGUUUGAUGUAUUAUACAAGCAACAUGUAGGCACUGAAGAUGUAUUCUUGGGACUUUCAGAUAAGGACCCUUCCUCAGCUCAUUGUGAUUCAAUUUUAGUUAAGAUUUGGCUACCUGGCGCUAAACUUAGUCAAAUUUAAUUAGACAUCCAAAAGUAAAUGAUUGUUGUCUAGAGUCCGACUCAUGUGCUCAAACAUUUCUUGCCAUACCCAGUCGAUAAAGAAAAAGGAAAGGCUUAAUUUGAUAGCGACAAAGGAUUACUAAGCGUUACUACACUUGAAGAGCUUAUAAAGUUUUGUGAGGCUAAGAAUUUGGGAGAAAUAGCAACGGGAUUAAAAAAAGACCUUAAGGCAAUUGUUCUACCUUAGCAGAAUAUUAAAGAUCCGAAUGCUAAUAAAGAAAAUUAAGAAAAAGCAUUGAAAAUUAUAAGAAAGGCAAUCAAAUAAGAGGAAUUGCGAAAAAACAAAGAAGAGUUCAAAGACCAAUUGCCACUGAAACCAAUCGGCUAAUAAAAUCUUAAUUUUUCAUUUGAUAAGGUUUAAACUGAGGAAAUAAUGGAGAAGUUGAUGAAUCGCAUUGUUGGAAAACCAAACUUAAUAGCUGAUGAUAAACUUAAUGCCAAAAUUGAAAAAAUAUUUAAUGUGGAUGCAUUUUAGAAGAUGGUUGAAAAUGCUGACAUCUUUCAAGAUUUAAGUAGCUCAUCAUUGUUUAAUUAAAGUGAAUUCUUGUAAAAGUCCAUAAAUAACAAUCCUAAUCUAUCAUUCAAAAAAGUUCUUCCUACACACUCUUAGUUAUAGGAAGAAGACGAAGAGGAGCUUCCAAGAUUCGGACACACGGGUGCCGAUCCUGCACAUCAAGACAUUAAUGAUAGUGUAAAUGAGUUAUUCGCUCCAAAUGAUAGAGGUCAAUUGGAUGAUUAAAAUGAAAGAUAAAGCACCUUUCAUAUUAACGAUGAUUCUUUUUCUUAAAUUAAAGAUAACGGAAAGGGAGAUAUGUCGCCAGCAGAGCCAUUUUAGCUAGGAAAACUAUCAAACCCAAUAAGUGAGAGAGGCUUUAAAGUUAACAAAAACUAGAAAAGAAUGUCAAAAGGUGCUUACGGGGAAGAUUAAUUGGAAGAUUUAAUGCAAACAAAUACUGGAAAGAUGCCCUCAAUGAUCUAGCAUGCUGAUGGAUCAUUCUUUUAGAAUAGCUAAUCAUUUGUAUUCCCAAAUGAAGAAAUCUAAAUUAUGAACAAAGAAUAGGUCGACAAGUAUAUUGAUGAUGAUGAUCCAGGAUAUGAAAUUUAUCAAGUUGAUGAGGAAAAUUUUGUCGCAAGUUGCAAAGAAUUGGCAGAAAUAAACAAUUUUCCAGCAAGAGCUAUAAGACCAGAUACUAAGGAAUGGUAAGCUUAAAGAGAGAAAUACAGGAAGGUAUAAUAAGAGUUACAUUAAGUAAAGAAAGAUGACUCAUAAGCUCUUCUUUAGAAGUUAUAACAAAAGAAAGAGAAGAAAGCUGCUAUUAAUCUUGAAGAUGAUGAGUUAGCUGGAGCCUCUUCUGCAUAACAGGAGGAAUUCAUAGAAAAUGAGGAAGAAGAUGACGGAAGAAAGGCCUCGGUACUUCCUAAUUGGAUUAAAUUUAUGCCAUCUAAUGAUGAGUUCUAUCCUGCUGAGUUUGAUAAUGUCAUUUAUGACUGCUACAACCUCAGAGUAGUUUUCGAUAGAGAAAAGACAGGUUUCGAAGAAACAAAAGAGUUUCCAAUUGUCAUAGGCUCUAUAGUCGCAGGUAGAUAUUAGGUGGUUGAAUACCUUGGAUCUGCAGCUUUUUCAAAAGCUAUCUAAUGCUAUGAUAUUCAUUCAGAAUAAAUGGUUUGCAUGAAAAUUAUUGAGAAUAACAAAGACUACUUUGAUUAGAGUAUUGAUGAAAUAAAGUUGCUGAGAUAUAUAAAUGCUAAUUGCGAAAAUUUAGACGACAAAAAUCUACUUAAGCUUUAUGAUUUCUUCUAUCACAAAGAGCAUCUCUUUAUUGUCACUGAGUUAUUAAGAGAUAAUCUUUAUGAAUACUCUAAAUACAAUAGAGAGGUUGAAAAAAGUCAACCAUACUUCACUGUUAGUAGACUUUAAAAAAUCACGAAGUAAAUUCUGACUGCAUUAGACUUUAUUCAUAACCUGAGAUUAAUCCAUUGUGAUCUUAAACCAGAAAACAUCUUAAUAAAGAGUUAUUCUAGAUGUGAGGUAAAAGUAAUAGAUUUCGGUUCUUCAUGUUUUAUUCAUGAUCAUCUCAGUAGUUAUGUGUAAUCUAGAUCAUAUAGAGCUCCAGAAGUAAUCUUAGGAUGCAGAUACGAUUACAAAAUAGAUAUGUGGUCUCUCGGAUGUAUUUUAGCUGAGCUUUAUACUGGCUAUGUUCUUUUCUAAAAUGAUUCAGUUCAAGGACUAUUGGCUAGAGUUCUUGGAAUUAUAGGGCCUGUUCCAGAAUAUAUGAUGAAAGAAGGAAGAUUAGUCAGCAGUUUUUUCACUAGAGAAGGAUUGAUCUAUCAAGAAGGUGGCAAUGAUGAUGAACAAGAGAGUUAAAAUGUCUCAGACUCAAGCAGAGCUCAAUAGAAAAAGAAGGGAAGGGGUGAAAAUGAUGAACUCAAGAUAAAUAUCUUAGUUCCAAAGAUGACUACACUUAAGCAUAGACUUAAAUGUGACGAUCCAUAUUUCAUUGACUUUGUUAGAUGGCUUCUUGAAAUAGAUCCAACUAAAAGACCAUCAGCUAAGGAAGCAAUGCAGCAUCCAUGGCUAACUGAAUGUGUUUACCAAGAAUGA